UUGAGAGGUUCCUUCUUUUCUCUCUCUAAACGCGUUUCUUUAAACAAAAAAAUUUGUUUGAAUCUUUCAAAAAAGGACCAUAAACGAGAAAGAAAGAAGAAAGCAGGAAGAAAGAAAGGGAGAUCAGGGAGAGAUAUAUCUAGAGACGAAAAAUCAAAAUCCAAACCCACAUUUCUAUCUCUCCAUCUCUUUCUCUCUGUGACUAAUUUCAACCCUAGUUGGUUUGACAAUAUCGUUUGUUGCUUGGAUAAAGCUGCUGCAUUAUUCUUGGUUCUUCCAAGAUUUUGUUGAAAUCUCAGGUUUUUAAAUUUAGAUUUCUAAACAUGUUUGGGUUUAUGAAAUCUCCUAAUAAAAUAACAAAGCAGAACUCAGUUGAUCCACCUGGUUCGUCUACGUCGAACCCAUUUGAUUCUGAUUCUGAAUCUGACAAUAGUAAGCAAAGGAUGAGGCCUGCAAGAAGGACAUCUUCUGAGCCUGUUCUAUCUGAUCUUAAGUCGAAUCCCUUUGAUGAUGAUGAUGGUAGAAAACCGUCUUCAUCUUCUCACACAGCUAAUAGGGGAGGAAGGAACAGCUAUCAAAACGACUUCAGUGAUUCUGGUGGUUUUGAAAAUCAGAGUGUACAGGAACUGGAGAAUUACGCUGUGUACAAAGCCGAGGAGACUACAAAAUCGGUGAACAGCUGUUUAAAGAUUGCUGAGGAUAUUAGAGAAGAUGCUAGUAAGACUUUGGUUACAUUGCAUCAACAAGGAGAGCAGAUCACCAGAACUCAUGCAAUGUGUCAAGAUAUUGACCAAGAUCUCAGCCGAGGCGAGCAGCUUUUGGGAAGUCUUGGAGGUAUGUUCUCUAAAACAUGGAAGCCAAAGAAGACUCGAGCAAUAACUGGGCCUCUCAUUACUGCAGAUGAUUCAUCUAAAGCUAAGGCAAGCAAGGAACAAAGAGAAAAGUUAGGUGUUGCACCUAUUCCCAAGGGGCCAAAGAACUCUCGAGGAUCUGCUGCUGAAUCUUCGAGUGCAAUGCAGAGGGUCGAGGAGGAAAAGGACAAGCAGGAUGAUGCACUCAAUGACUUGAGCAAUAUUUUGGGUGACCUUAAGUCAAUGGCCGUUGACAUGGGAUCAGAGCUCGAAAGGCAAAACAAAGCUCUGGACCAUCUUGACACUGAUGUCGAAGAGCUUAAUUCAAGAGUUAAACAGGCCAAUGCACGCGGGCGCCGCUUGCUUGGAAAAUAGAAGAGAAGAAGACCCCAUGGUGUGGCAUGGUCUUUGUCUAUCAAGUAUCAACAGCCCCUAUUCUUGGAUCAUCUUGACAUGGCUCUUUUGCCACUCAGUCGUAUAGUCACCUUUCCAUCCCAGUCAUGUAUUUCUUUGCUAUAAGAAUGUGUUCAGGUCAUUCCUUUUCAUUCCAGUAUAGUUACCUACACAGUAUGAUGAUAAAUAUAGUGUUUUGACUUUGUACCCAAAACAUGAUUACUGAUUAAUCAAAACAUGGCUAUUUAGUUGUAUGUA